AUGGGUUUCUGUUUCUCUCUCUCCCUUGCUGGUGACAUCAGCCUACACCUGACCACCUUCAGCCUGCAGUACACCCCUCCCGUUGUGGCCUGCGUCUGUAUCCACCUGGCUUGUAAAUGGUCCAACUGGGAGAUACCAGUCUCCACGGAUGGGAAGCACUGGUGGGAAUACGUUGAUGGCACUGUAACUCUGGAGCUCUUAGAUGAACUAACUCAUGAAUUCCUCCAAAUCCUCGAGAAAACUCCCAACCGACUGAAACGCAUCCGGAACUGGCGGGCCUCUCAAGCAGCCAGGAAAUCAAAGCCUGAUGACCACGGUGACGAUGAGAGCUUGUCAGAGCAGACAAUCCUCAACAUGAUUUCCAGGAAUAAUAGUUCAGAUAUGAACAUUGCUGGUUUAAUGAGCAUGUCAACCUCCUCAACUGCUGGAGCUGGACCUUCUCUACCAGCCACAGCAGAUUCACCCAGCGAUCCCAGCGCUACCGAUAUAUCCCAGUCUGAACAUUGGCUGUCUCAACAACAUCCACCAUCCAAACUGGAGACAGGUCAAAGUCACAGGACUAACGAAACCUCAUCAACUGCUGAACAUCCUUUACAGCAAGAUGGCGCUGGAUAUCAGAAGCAGAGUGGUAAAAACCCUCCAUCAGCUAAAGUAUCACUGAAGGAAUAUCGAGCCAAACACGCCGAGGAGCUGGCGGCACAGAAACGGCAGCUGGAGAACAUGGAAGCCAACGUCAGGUCUCAAUAUGCUUACGCUGCACAGAACCUCUUGGUCCAACAACAAAGGGAAAGGGAAGUUCAACAGGAUAACAACCCUUCUCCCAUCAUCCUAAAAAUUCCUGUUGGUGGGUCAGAGAACCCUGAGCGCCCACCCGGCUCUGAAAAGAAUGACAAAGCUUCAGCUCUGAAGAUGAGGAUCCCGGUGGCAGGUGGAGGUGGGGAGAGACCAAUCCCCUCUAAGCAAGAGGAGAUCAAAAUGAGGAUCAAGAUGCCAACAGCUGCAGACAGACACGGCUCCUCGGAUGAGAGCAGCAGCAACAAGAACAGGGAGUACAAAGAGAAACUCAAAGGUCACCCUUCAAACCAUCACCACAACCACCACUCUCACAAACACUUACACACCCAGCUCGGCACCGCCGGUCCCAGCAGUUUGGUGAACAAACGUCCAGGAGACUCUAAACACAGCAGCAACCAACCUGGUGUUGUACACCACAAAAGCUACGGUCCCCUCACCUCUUCCCGCAAGAGACCCCUACCAGAGGAGGGGGGGGUGACAACCACCACCACCACCAUGAUGGCCACAGCCACAACUCACGACCACCAACAACCCAAAGUCACUAAAAUUUCUAAAGGCCCUGGUAUGCCAUUCCCUUAUUCCCAUCUCCCUGGAGCCACCCAUCUCUCAGGGCACAGCUCAGAUCCAGGCACCAUCCCUUUAUCCCAGGUGAAUAAAACCAGGGCAACCCAUAAUAAAUCGGACAAAGGUCCCACAGGGGCCAACGGGCACAAUAUCAACCAGGCCAGUGACUACCAGGAUACAGUCAAUAUGUUGCAUUCACUUUUGAGUGCACAGGGUAUGCAACCCACCCAACCCCCUGCCUUCCACUCUUACGGGGAGCUCUUGAACCCUCGAGCUUCAUCCAAC